UCCCAUUGGCUGCUGCUUGACCGUCUGAAGGCUGCAUCUGUGCCUCGCGUUGUGCCAGCUGUCCUCCUCGCACACACACCGCAAAGCAACCCACCCAGGAGGAGACAGGGAAAGGAAAAACGCCAGGAUAUAACCGGAAUUUGGCUGUCAACAUGGGGUCCAUGCGAAUUCUCAUCAAAGGAGGCAAAGUGGUCAAUGACGACUUCACCCACGAGGCAGAUGUUUACAUUGAGAAUGGUAUCAUACAGCAGGUUGGGAAGGAGCUGAUGAUUCCAGGUGGGGCUAAGGUGAUUGACGCCUCUGGAAAGCUGGUGAUGCCUGGUGGAAUAGACACCUCUGUACAUCUGGAUCAAACUUUCAUGAACGCCGCCAUCCAGGAUGACUUCUACAGUGGCACCAAGGCAGCUCUGAUGGGUGGUACCACAAUGGUGAUGGCGCUGAUCCUGCCGGAACAACACUGCUCCCUGGUGGAUGCCUAUGAGCAAUGCCGAGCUCUAGCUGACGCAAAGGCGUGCUGCGACUAUGCUCUGCAUGUUGGUGUGACCUGGUGGGGGCCAAAGGUUCGUAAUGAGAUGGAGACCCUGGUGAGGGAACAUGGGGUGAAUUCUUUCCAGAUGUUCAUGGCCUAUAAGGACAUGAUGAUGCUGAGGGACUCUGAGCUCUACCAGGCACUGCAGACUUGUAAGGACAUAGGAGCCAUUGCACGUGUCCAUGCUGAGAAUGGAGAGCUGGUGGCAGAGGGUGCUAAAGAGGCUCUGGAGUUGGGUAUUAGUGGACCUGAAGGAAUUGAGGUCAGCCGUCCAGAAGAGCUGGAAUCAGAAGCUACACACAGAGCUGUAACCAUCGCCAACAGGGCUCACUGCCCUAUCUACCUGGUCAACGUUUCCAGUAUGCCUGCUGGAGAUAUGAUUGCCGCUGCCAAGAUGCAGGGUAAGGUGGUCCAUGCGGAGACCACAGUCGCUCAUGCUGUGUUGAACGGCAUGCAGUAUUACCACCAGGACUGGGCUCACGCUGCUGCCCAUGUCAUCGUCCCUCCUCUCCGAAUUGACCCCAACACUCCUGGCUACCUCAUGGGACUGUUGGGCAAUGACACUCUGAGCGUUGUGGCAUCAGAGCACCGACCUUUUAGCACCAAGCAAAGGGCCUUGGGCAAGGAGGAUUUCACCAAGAUCCCACACGGAGUGCCUGGAAUCCAAGACAGGAUGAGCGUCAUCUGGGAGCGAGGGGUGGUUACAGGAAAGAUGGACGAAAAUCGUUUUGUGGCUGUGACGAGCGCUAAUGCUGCAAAGAUCUACAAUUUGUAUCCACGCAAGGGUCGCAUUAUCCCCGGAGCAGACGCUGAUGUGGUGGUGUGGGAUCCAGAUGCAACUAGGACCAUCUCUAUUGGCACUCAGGUGCAAGGAGGAGACUUCAACCUGUAUGAGGGCAUGCGCUGCCAUGGCGUUCCUCUGGUCACCAUCAGCCGAGGGCGCCUGGUGUGUGAGAAUGCAAUGUUUAUGUGCGCUGAAGGCUCUGGAAAAUUCUACCCACAACGCACCUUCCCUGAUUAUCUGUAUAAGAAGAUGGUGCAGAGAGAAAAAGCUCAAGCAUACAAAGGAGUUGACAGGGAUCCCUACUCUGGUGAUGUGGUCAAAGUUGCCAACGCUAUGAAGAAGGAGCUCGGUUUAAGCCCCAUUGAUGGAGAUGGUGCUAACAAAGGUGUUUUGAGGGUGCAACAGGGGGUUCGAGACCUCCAUGAGAGCUCUUUUAGCCUCUCAGGGUCCCAGGUUGAUGACCACAUCCCCAAGAGGUCCUCUGCUCGUAUCUUGGCCCCCCCAGGUGGCCGCUCCAGUGGAAUCUGGUAAACUCUGGCCCAUGGAAAACAACCGUCCAAGCCUCCUUGUUUUGUAUUUUUGUGAACAACCAAGAAAACUGCACUGAUUUAAAUGUCAUCUUUAAAGGGAAAUUGUUUUCAGUGAUUGGCAAAGACCGUGAUCAGUUUGCAAAAGCGAUUUUCACAAAUCUAGUUCGUCUUCAUUCUGAAAUGAGGUGCUAUUUAUAAAUUCUUUAUCCAAAUUCAAGCAGAUCACGACUAUUUUUGUUAAGAUGCCUGUCAGAGGAAACAAAGUACGAAUGAAUGCUUAAAAAAAAAAAAAACAGUACAGUUUUUUUAGGGUAUGAAGCGAUGUCGACUUAAGUAUUUAAAACUUGUAGAACUGGAUUCAGUGAAAGCUCUCCGUCACACAUCAACAUAGCGUGCGUUGUCGUCACAAAUGAGUAAAAAAAUCUGUUUAUGAUAAAAACCACCUGCUGUGCUUAAUACGUUGGCUGUUCCUCUGUGUUUUUGUUUCCAACGGAUGGACUGUGCUGUGUGGUGAUGACAUCCAACUGUUCAACAUACUGUGUGAUUUUUGCUGCCACACACUCCAAACAGUCAGACUAUCACACUGCCUAUCGCUGACUAAAAUCGCUUCUAACAAAUAUCCCAGUUUAGUUCCUAAAAUUAGAUUAAUUAUGCAAAUUAUACAAAACUGGACUUGGGACAGCCUCCACAGGGCAGGAAGAUUGAGCUGCACAUGUUACAAAGGCACACGUCCUCUCACACUGAAGUGUCAUUCCUUUCCAGCUGUAUUGUUUAUUGAUGACCACAUUUUUGUUUGUGCACUGUGCAUUUAGAAUGCUUUAUUUUAGUUUUAAAAAAUUAUAAAUGUGCCAAUGUAAGUGAGUCACCCUUUGGUAAUGCCACAACAUGCAUGAAGAGAGCCACAUAGAAACAGAGGAAUGGCCACAGGUUCAUAACUGGUGCUUUUUUGUUGUUGUUUUUAUACAAUGGUAUUAAGGUUGUUGAAUUUAUUGUGAGUGAUUGUUGUUUAGAAGGCACUGUAAAUGGUCAGUGACUGUGCGUUGUCAAGUUCGUGAAUUGUUUGUUUUGUUGGAAAGUGAACCUGUUGAAUAUGUACUGUGGCUGCUUGUUUCUUACCACACAGUAUUAUAAAAACAAUAAAAUAGAAAAAAUCUU